AUGGAGAAGAAUCUCAACUCGAGUCAUGUGGAGAGAAGGGAUAACCCGACCAUUGUUCAGUCGGGCGAGGUCUACACGGAUGAAGUUUUAUCAAAAGCUGGGGUGGAAGAAUUAAGAGAAGAUAGAGUUGCGAAUGUGCACCUGGCCGCGGCGUUGAGCCCCAACAAGCCUGCAACGUGGGGUCAGGGCCACCGCAAACUGUACGCCAUGUGCGCUCUAGUGUACUUGUGUUCGACGAUGAAUGGAUAUGAUGGAUCUCUUAUGGGAAGCAUCAAUACGAUUCCAGGGUACCAAAGGUACUAUGGCCUUCCGGAGAAUGGCGCCGCUUCGACUGGGAUUGUCUUUUCGAUCUUCCAGAUCGGACAGAUGGUUGGCGCUUUGUUUAUCUGGCUUGCGGACUGGAAAGGACGUCGACUAUCAAUCUUCGUAGGAACCUGUGGAGUAGUUGUUGGUACUAUCAUUACGAGUACAGCCAAGGAUCUUCACACUUUCAUCGGCGGUCGAUUCCUACUAUCUUUCUUCUCCACACUUGCAUCCACUGCAGCUCCUCUAUACUUAGUUGAAAUUGCACCUCCGUUAUACAGAGGUACGGUUGCCGGUCUUUACAAUACUCUGUACUAUAUGGGUAGUAUCAUAGCAACAUUCACCGUGUAUGGUACCAACCUGCACCUCACGGGCAACAGUAUCUGGCGCUUGCCUCUUUGGCUUCAGAUGGUAUGUCCCGGAAUCGUUGCUGUUUUUAUAUGGUUUCUGCCGGAGUCGCCAAGAUGGCUUGUUGGUCAAGAACGCUUCGAGGAAGCUCGGAAGAUACUUGUCCAAUACCACGCAAACGGAGAUGCCACGCACCCUAUCGUUGAUCUCGAACUAACAGAAAUGACUGAUAGCAUGAGAGAUGCAGGAUUACUGACGUGGCAGAGCGCAUUUGACAUUCGGAACCUGUGUAAUAGUAGGGCACGAUGUUAUCGACUCGCUCUCUGCAUCGCCUUCUCUUGGUUUGGCCAGUUUUCAGGGAACAUCAUAACAUCAUACUACCUUCCUCUCCUCGUAGAGAACGUCGGCAUCACCAACACCAACACCCAGCUUCUCCUGAACGCUCUCUACGCACUCGCGGGCUGGAUCUUCGCCAGUGCCGGCGCGCGCUUCCACGACAUCUUCGGCCGUCGCAAGAUGCUCCUCGGCAGCACAUUCGCCAUGAGCAUCUGUCUAUCCAUCGUCGCCGGCACCAGCGCGGGGUACGCGCACGACCCCCUUAACAACAAAGCCAUGUCCAUUCUCUCCAUCCUCUUCAUCUACAUGUUCGGCUGCGUGUUCGCCUUCGGCUUCACCGCCAUGCAGCCCAUCUAUCCCGGCGAGGUCUGCGAUAACGUGCAGCGCGCCAAGGGCAUGGGCGUGUUCCAGCUCACGGGCGGCGCGGCCGGCUUCCUUAAUACCUUCGUGGCGCCCAUCGCGCUGAAGAGUAUCGGCGCUUGGUUCUAUGUGUUCUUUAUCUUUUGGGAUCUCGGGGAGUGCGCUGUGAUUUAUUGGUUUUUUGUAGAGACGAAGGGUCGCACGUUGGAGGAGCUGGAUGAGGUCUUCAGGGCGCCGAAUCCGAGGAAGGCGAGUACGGCGAAGAUGAGAAUCCGGAGGCUUAGGAUUCAUGAUGAGGAUGGGAAUGAGAAGGAUAUUGUGAUGAGGUAG